CACUCCUCUAAUCCUCAUCUCAUUGUAUAGAUUGAUGCAGUGCUUUGCUCGGUUCGUGCAAACAUAGCGGAUAGAAUGGAGGCAAUGCUUGGUAUAGUCUCCUUUAACUCAUCAAUGGGUGCCGCACCGGCACGCUCUAAAGCAAUGACACUUAGAGAUUCACCUUCGACUGCACAAAUCUAACCGCCUCAAACGCCAUGGCUCCCACGGUCUCAUCGACGACAGCAACGCCACCAGCUCCAGUUCCAGCCAACGACGCGACCAAGAUUGCAAUUCGUUCGUUCCGCAAGGAUGACCUGCCGCAGGCGAUUCAGUUAUUCAAGGAAGGCAUGCUCUGCUAUCCUGCUCAGCGAGAGAACCCGCGUCUGCUCGAGUUCAUCGAGGACAGUCUCAAGACUGACCUUAGCGACAUCGAAGGCACAUACAUCGCUCCUGGUGGCAACUACUGGGUUGCCACACCACACGACGAACCGACACUGGUGGUUGGCAUGGUUGGACUCGAAGCGAAGCCCGACAAUGAAGGUGAACUGCGCCGCAUGUCGGUAAAGAUGAGUCACAGGCGGUAUGGUGUCGGGCGUCUUUUGCUGUCGACGUUAGAACACUGGGCGGCGGAGCACCAGUUCAACAAGAUCUGGCUCACCACAGGCAGUGUGAUGCAGAAGGCAAGAGACUUCUACGUCUCGGCGGGCUACGUUGAGACCGACGCGUAUCUCAUCCGAGAAGAGCCUCCGGUAUACGCGGUGGUCAAACUGGAAAAGGUGCUGACAGCGUCAGCGUAGUAAGUAGCUAGAGCAGACAUUAUUAUUGAUUCUAGCAAUCCACUGACAACUUUGAAAGACAUGGUCCUUCAAAUGGAUUUACCAGGAGACGAAUAACUAGAAAGUUGAAUCGAC